AUGCAACUAGAUUAUUUUACUUUGGUAUGCAUUAAUCAAAAUGCAACCAAUUACUACCUGGAGGUGAGAAAAGGUAUUUUGGUUUAUUCCACUUGUUGGGUUGAUGUUUCCUGCAGCAAGCUCAUUGGCAAAAUGCUUGUCCAGGAUGCUGAUUAUUGUGUUAAGAAAUUUAUUCUGACCAUCACAACAAGUGCUAAUAACCCAGGACUGCAAAGAUUUUGGUAGGCUAGGAGUGGCAAACUACAAUGGCAGUGAGUUUACUAGGAGGUAGCAGCUAGCUUCUCUAGUAAAAUGGAAAUUGUUCAUCAAAAUGUUCAUCAACCAGCCCCUCCUCUGUGUUAACAACAGUAAAUGGUAACUAAUGAAAUUCCCAUCCUUACCUUCUGCAGAUAAGUCAAGUUCGCAAACACAAAGGCUGAAUAUUUUUGUAUCAUUUUUGUUUUUAGCUAUUAAUAGUAUCGAUACUAUUUGAAUAUUUACUGAGAGUGAACCAAGUUGAGUGCUUACAGUACAUAAAAUAAAAGCAAUCAGAAGCAUUUAAUUAUUAUAUAUUGUUGUAUAUGCUUUAAGUAAACACUACAAAUGGAAUCACUCCAGCUUUUUGUAUUGAAGAUAAGUAUUUAGUGAAAAUAUGUAGUAAUUACCUAUAAAAUAGUCCAAUAUAGUACCUAUAUUUAUAACUCACCUUUCGAGAUAUUUGCCAUGUUGUGAUAAAAUUGCUAACGCUUUAUGGAUCCAACACGAAGCGUCGACUGCCACAAUUCGUCCAUAAAAUUCGCUGAUAUGCACCUUAUUACCAUAUUUCUCUAUGUGUGGGAAUAAAGGCAAUUGAUUCCCAUCGAAGAAUAUUAAAUUAGAGUAUUUAUUUUCGCUGACACUGAUUGUCUCUGAUGUUCACUCGGUCAAAGCAAAAUGCAAAUGAGGUGCAAUUGCAAUUCAGGCGCGAAAACCCCAUCACGCUUUGCGGUCGUAUUGCGCACACCGCCUGAUUUUGAAUGCUGCAAAAUGUUUUGGUAUUAUAAGGCCAAAAAAAAUAUGUGGGUUUCCGGUUUUCCGAACCUACCUAGCUUUUGGACGCCAAAAUCCCGACCCUAAACUUUUAUAAUUGGAUCACGCUCAUAGAGAUUAUAAAUAACACUAGAGGAGGCAUUGUAAUCUUAAUUAAGUAAAAAAAAGGGAACGCGACUAUUGGGGGGCAAAUUCAAGUCCCGGAUGUGUAUUCGUGUUCCCAUUGGUGACGAGUUUCAAAUCAGCCAAUGAGAGCACGGUUUUAUAUCUGGGACUUGAAUUUGCCCCCCAUUAGCUGCGUUCCAAAUUUUUAAACUCGAUGCCUCCUCUAGUGUUAUUUAUAAUCUCUAUGAUCCCGCUUGUAAGUGUUUCCACUUAGAGGAAAACGUUUUUGGAAAAUGAAAAUUUGAGGCAAUAUUAGGAAAAUAUAUGUUUGGAUAUGGAAGCACUGACUAAACAAAAUGGCGUCCAGUUGUUAGGAAAAUUUAAAAAAAAGUUAAAAAAUAGUUAAAACCGACCUACCCUACCUAAGUUUUUACAAGAGGAAACCGGAAACCCACAUAUUUUUUUGGCCUAAUAGGCAAUGAAGUAUCAUAAUCAUCCAAUAUGGCAUCGCCACAUCAAACCACUCAACCUUACUGCUGAAUUAUUAAUAAGCAAAAUUUCAAAGAUUUUAUCUACAGUGAAGCCAUCCCAAUGUAAAAUAGUAGCUCUUUAUUUUAUGGGACUUUUUUUAUAUAUUAGCCUUACUUCCCCCUGGUGGAAAAAGUCCUGUGUAUACGGCCCUGCUCUGUGUGUGUUUGUUCUGCUUUGCCGGGCACAUUAAACUGGAUGCGUAAUUAGCGCGUUAUGCGUGAAAUGUAAAUUAAUUCGCUCGCGGAGGUGUGCAGUAUCCAAGUACCUUCUAGUUUCUCGCUGUUAUGGUCUCAUUAUUUCCAUGUUUUAGGUAAUUUGCCUAUUUUUGGAUGGUGAUCGAUGGAGUACAACAGGAAUGACAGUUGGUUCGAUUGAAGAAGAAUAUAUUGAAUGUUUGACAAAUCAUUUAUCGAGUUUUACAAUGGUUGUGCUUGAGGUACAAUUUUAAUGCCCAAUUUCUUCCGAAUUUUUAUUCUGAUCUGCAUAUUUUCAGAUUAACUUUUGAAAAGUUGGGCGGCUUCAGCCCCCUAGCCCCUCCCCUGUCUCGGUUCUGUAGCUUGUGCAAAAAUGUGUAUAUUCAAGUAUAUAUUUCGUUAAUUAAGCUCAGUGAAUCGGAUAACGUUGCUUUAAAGUUCAUCACUUAUAUUGGAUCUGGACUUUCACUGGCUGGACUGUUUAUCACAUGCGUUGUCUAUAUUGUUCUUUAGUAAGUAUGGUAUGAUUGCUGGAAACUAAACAAAGUGUCAAUGUAAUUUUGUGAUUUUAGUCUUUCCGCUGGUACUGUCUGUUGUAGGCAUUUAUGCUUCUCAAACUGAUGACAACUCAAAAAAUAUAUUUCUAUUUUAAAGCUUACAACCGACGUUGACACGAUUUCAAGAUUUUAAGCAAAUAUUGUUUGUUGGUUGUCUGUUAUUUGUCUGUUGUUGGUUGUCUAAUGUAUGUUGUCCGUUGUGUUUUGUGUGUUGCAAUGUGGAGGUCGGCUAUUUUGCGAGUCUGCGAGUUGCGAGUCACAGCACAGGACCCCAGGUUAUAUAAUUAUUUAUAUUUUAGCCUGGUUAGCAUUGGGCCGUCCGCACCGGCGGACCUGCUCUUGUGGUUAUUACUAAAAAUAGAAGGAAGAGGCAUAGCGCCCAAAAUAGGCCAGUCUUGCAUACGACGCCCAAAAUGUUCCUCAAUUUUUCGACUUUACAUUGCAUCUACAGUAAGUGGGGCCACUUAGAGAACACUAACCAAUCGCAUUGCAGAACAAAAAGAAAAAUCUAAUCAAUCUCGUCCAAUCAAAAGAAAGAUUCAGGAAGCCAUUAAUAGCAGUGUUUACUUUUACAAGUCUAUUUUUACCGUUUGACAUUCGUUUAUUUGUUCAAAUUGUUUUUGGCCUAAUGCUGAUUGGCUAAUGCGUCGUUUGUUGAUUUUUUCAAUUUUGGUUCUGCAAUGUGAUUGCUUUGUGUUCUCUAAGUGGCCCAACUUAUUGUAGACGCAUUGUAAAUGCAUUUCUUUCGAAUUUAAUCAACAAGGGGGAAUUCUCGAUGUUGACAAUUUCGCUCUAAACCAAUCAAAAUGCGUAAUUGGUUAUUGUAGGUAGUUGUCUUGCGAGCACAGAAAGCCCACUUCCGGUAAAAACAUAUACAUUUCAACAGAAAAUAUAGGGUCUCAAAGCUUCGAGGGGGUCAAGAUUUAAAUUUUUUAAUUGGAUUUAACAUGACAAUUAACGUAAAAUAAGAAAUUUUCUAAAAAUUUGCUACUGGGAUUUGCGUUUUAUUGCCUAGUUCUAAAAUUAUCUGCAUUCAAACUUACGCGCUUUUUAUACGCCGCUGUUCGAAUGCCGAUAACUUUAUUUAAGACCGCAAUGCGGGCUAAAAAUAUAAACAACCUGGCCCAAUGCUAUGCGCGCUAAAAUAUAAACAACCUAUAGUAUAACCUGGGGUUCCUGUACUGUGACUCGGUCGCAGAUUCGCAACUCGCAGACUCGCAACUUGCAAACUCGCAACUCGCAUACUAGACAAACUCUGUAAUGUGUCUUGUCUACAGUGUGUAUAAAAGGCUAGUCUUUGAAAUUCAAAUUAGUCAUAAUUAUUAAAAAUACAGUGAUCUCAUUGUUCUAAACUGCGUAUAGAGUUAAUGAUACGCGACGAAAACAUGUCUUAUUUACAAAAGAGAUCAAUUAUAACUCAUUUUAAUGCUGCUUGUACUGUACAGGGUAUUUCAUUGAGUUGUCCGUACAUGUCCCAUAAGUAGAAAAUCUUUUGUUUUACGGCUCGCUAAUUGAUUAGCAGUGAUAAUAAAUUCAAUAUAAUAUGACUAAUUUGAAUUUCAAAGACUAGCCUUUUUUUAUAUACCCUUUAUUAUCAACAGUCUGUUAUUUAUCGUCUGUUGUUCGUCAACAGAAAUUACCAUAAAUACCUAAUUAAUAAUAAUCUUUUGUUAUAAUAAUUUAUCUUUUGUUAAUUAUAUUUACUCUUGUAUUACUUAUUUCUCUUGUAUUUUUUUCAAUAUUUUAUUUGUUUUUAAAUUUCAGCAAAGAUCUUCAAAUUUUAACGACCAGUCGUCACUUGGUACAUUUGAACUUGCAGAUUGCUUUGGGUUUGACACAGCUUGUCUUUCUUGCGGGAGGAAGUGCCACAAGUAAUGAGGUUGGUAAUUUAUAGCAUUUUGCAUGGACGUCGCAGUUCGUCGCAGAGCUGAGUCAAUGAUAUUAUUAACUCAGUUCCAACUUUGCGAGACAAAUUACACUAACAGUUGUUGGUCUCUUAUGCAUGUGUUUGUCGAAUACAACGCGUGUGAAAAAUAUUAGUUGCUUGUGUGAGAUAUUGUUGCUUGAGAGCUAUCUUGGUCAACAUUAAUAUAUAUCUAACAUCAGAAUUCCACAUUAAUUGCUGGAAAGCAACGCCUUUGCACGAUUGCAAGUAAAUUUUAAAACUAUUAAAAUGCUAAGUUUACAUUUGAAUUGUAUUCGACAUAUACUGUACAGCUAUUUCAAUUAAGGUUGUCCACGAGUAAAGCGGAAAAGUAGUCGAAUACGAGCGCGAAAGACUUGCUGGGAAUCGCUAAAACAUUGAUGAAUUUUUUAGCGAUUCUCAUCAGCCUUUCGCGCUCGUAUUCGAAUUUUCCGCUUUGCUCGGGGACAACCUUAAUUAAAAUAGCUGUAUACGCAUAUGUCAAUAUGAAAAUUGAUGCAUAAUUAUAACACAGUAAUUCAAUUACCGUUCACAAUUAUCCCGGAGCAAACGGCACAGAGCGCCGUUCCGGCCUGGUACUAAAUCCGCCCGGCUAUUUACACCGGGGAAACGAAAGCAUUAGCAUCUAAAGUCACAGAAUAAAGAUCCAUACAGAAGGGCCACUUACGUCGGAAGCUUUGAAGUUUCUGUCCUCGCGCAUGUCGCAUUACGCAUGUUGGCCGCAUGCUGCUCCACUUCUAGCCUGUAAACUGCAUAUUUUUGCAUAAAAAAACGAGGACACGUUGCACCACCGCUGAGUGGCACUUCUAUUACUGAUCUUUAUCCCGGACUAAAGGCGGAUUUCCAGUCCUCGCACGAAGCUCCUCGCAGCUCGCUGCGAGUGCAUGCAUGAGCACUUUCAUCCAAUCACAAUGCUAAACAGUUAUUUUUAAUUAAAUGAAAGCACCCGCAGCGAGCUGCGAGCAGCUUCGUGCGAGGACUGGAAAUCCGCGUUAACGGCGCCGUGCGAAAGUACUAAUUCCGCCCGGCUAUUUACACCCGGGGAAACGAAAGCAUUAGGGAAGUCUAAAGUGGUGUCAUGGUGUAUGGGUAGACCUCCUCACUAAUCUUAAAAAUUUCCCGGAUUGCCAGGAGUGGGAUAAACAAGUUUUCAAUUUUGAAAGACAAAUAUUUGGAAAAUUGUUUCAUAUAGCCUACAAGAACUUUAAAGCUAUUUUUGUUUGAAUAAAUGGGGAGAAUUUAUUUACUCUGAGAAGUCGUGAAAUAUAGGGCAUUCAAGUUUGCUUUGAUUAAAUAAUGUUUAUGAAUUAUGUUGCUUUAACUUUUUGCCUAUAACAUGAACUGUUUUCCUUUCCAACAAAGCUGUAAGUUUCCUAAAUUACCCUGUUUAAUUUAAUUAAGAAAAAACCCUUAAAAUGUAAAGGAGGGCAAAUUGAUUUGAAUACGGAACUGAAAUUAUCUAACAAUUUGAACCUAUAAUAGUUUUGUUUGUGGAAACACCACGUAAAUUUGUUACUGCAAAGCUUUCGAUCCGUAAACCCGGAUCUUCAUCAAUGCUAAUAAUAUGAAGAUCCGGGCUUACGCAUCGAAAGCUUUGCAGUAAUAAAUUUACGUUGUGUUUCCACAAACGAAACUAUUAUAUGUUUUAUCGCCACGCAAAUGUACAAAGAACUUAAUUUGAAUUUAAUAUUAUGUUUUAUUGGCAACUGUAGUUUUAAUGAACAUCUCAAAACAUUUUACGUAGCAUUUCAAGUUAAAUUUUAGUGUUGGCCAUUUCCGAAUACUUCAUGUUGGCCUUUUCCGCAUACUUCAUGUCAAAGACAAAAGUUAAAAUUCUAGUGAAUUCUUCGGGAAUUCGUGAAAAACAUAAAUCGCUUUUCACAUAAAAAAAAACGCUUGUGAGACUUAGCAAUGACAAAAGUACGACAAAGCAUGACUUAGCAUGACAAAAGUACUGGAUGCUGAUUGAUUGAGAGGAGUACAAUUAUUUCAUUAAUUGUACUACAGUACAAUUAAUGAUUUUCCCAAAACAAACAAAAUGGCGGAAAGGUAUUUUAAACACAGAUUAAAAUACGAACGUACAAAUGCACCAAAUUGUGUUUCAACAAAAGAACUAAAUGAAAAUACGGACAAAGCCACCAAAUUUUGGUUGAAAGUCUGGCAGGACUGGGCUUUAACUCGCCCCGGCGGCUCGUCCAAUUUUGGCGAAAUUUCCAAACAUCACUCAUACUAUUAAUCCAUAAUUGUACUCGCCAUCGCAUGAUUACCUAUACAAAGCUUUGGAAACAUGAGUAACAUAUUGUACAUAAUUUUUAUUGUGUGUAUAUGUCUAUCGUGCUUUUCGCGGUCAGACGUCGACGUUUGCCGGUUUUGAGUUUUGACUUUGAAAGGACAACCUUAACUGAAUUAGGUGUAGGCUAUAUAUUAUUAUUAUUAUUAUUAUUAUUAUUAUUAUUAUUAUUAUUAUUAUUAUUAUUAUUAUUAUUAUUAUUAUUAUUAUUAUUAUUAUUAUUAUUAUAUAUAAAUAGGCUAAGUAAAUUACAGCAGCUUUGCGGUAUAACAUAAUCCCAACGAGGCUACUAGUCACUUUAUAGUUGACUUCUUUCUUUGGGAAAUAUAAUUAUUUUCACUUUUUACAGUUCAUACUUUCUUUUCAAAUUGUGUGCUUCCUGUAAUUUGUGCUGUAAAAAAUAAUAAUAUCAAUUAAUGUACAUUGUUCUUAUUCAAUAUUUAUAGAUAAUUUGUAAAGUUAUUGCAAUCUUGGUGCAUUAUUUUUCUUUGGCUGGUUUCACAUGGAUUCUCCUUGAAGUUGUAAUGCUGUAUUUAAAACUCAUUGCAGUGUAUGAUGGGGAGUUUGUGAGAAUGAAGAAUUUCCUGUUAUUUGGUUGGGGUAUGAUUUAUAUCUGUAACGACAGAAAUUAAUGCCUAUAAAAACUGUCUUGCCCGACAUAAAUUAAACUCCCAAGAAUAUAUAAAGUAUUCAGAGUUUCUCCAUGCAGGGAUUUCUCCAUGCUGAAUUCGCCAUGAUGGAUCCAAGUUCCAUUUCAAAAAAGAACAGUCCUUUGCCAUAUUCAUCGAACAUGGCGGCUUUGACGUAUUUGUAUACAAAACUAUCGAAAUAUACAAAAAUGAUUUGUGUACAAAACUAUCGAAAUAUCUAAUAAUCUUCUAAAGCCUUUUAAUUACUGUUGCUACAUUAAAUGUCUGUCUAUAAGAAAGAUGUGACAAUAAAUUUGCCAGCAUGAAAUCGUUGGUGCUUUAUAAAUUAUAAAAAUAAUGUAGAGACUAAGUUAAAAAGCUUUACGAACAGAAAUUUUCCGAAAAAUCUGGGUGCUUGUAGCCUAAUAUGGUGGCAAUCUAAAUUCUCAUCCCCCUCCCACCAAAUCCAUAAUUUAAAUUAUUUAAACCUUGAAGCUAUUUAUAUCAUUAAAUAUCCAGAUAAAACUCUCUAUAUGGUAUACGACUUUUCCAUUCCCAUUUUUGUAUCUGUCAUUCACAGUUCCAGUAACACAUGUGCGUACAAACUUCAUCUCACAGUCCAAAAAUAGGCAAAGCGCGUUUCCAUUUUAUCGCUUCAGGAUUCAAUUUAAUUUAAUGAUAUAUUGUGUAUAUUUUUAGCUAUCACUAAAAAUAAUUUUUCUUACAAGUUUUUGAAAUAUAAACAGGAUUCCCUUUGCUGUUAGUUGGUUUAUUUGCUGGGGUGAAUAUUGAUGCUUAUGGUAAUGAGCAAUGGUACAGUAACUGAAAUUAUUUAAUUUGAUUUCUCAUGCAUAACAGUAUAUUUGAGCAUUUCAUCAUAGCAUUUACCGCUACAAAAACGAUUAGCUUUAGUGUUUCACAUAUUACAUAUUAUAUUUGUAAAUAUAUCAGGAUUAUUUUGGGUAUCUCACUCUAUUGAAAAAAUGGGUUUUGUAAAUCGAAUUUACAAAUGUAAUUUUUUAUACAUUUAUUUAUACCUGACCAGGAGCAGUAGUCAAAUAUGCAACUAUAGGCCUCUGAAGAAUUUAACCUAUGUUUUCUUGUUUAUAUCACGAUUGAAUCGAAAAUUGCUACGAAUGAUGUUUAUAAUUACGAUGAGAGUGUGGCAAGAACCAAUCCGGAACCACGCAUCACUUGGAAGAGCGGAGCACCGCACCAGCGCUUCGAUGCACAAACUGAUUCGAUUACAUCAUUUCAUCAGUAUUAAACACAAGCUCUAUCCGGUAUAGGUCUGCGUCGCUACGCAAGCUAUCCGAUACAAUGUGAACGUAGCCUUAUACUGUUUCGUCUGUGAAUAAGGGUAAAUGCCUAAAUUUAAGCAUGAUGGGAGGUUUUUACCUUAACCCUGCCGCACACGAGAGCAAUUUGCUGAGCUAACCGCCUCGUGUGGCAGCUAGCUCAGCAAGUUUUUCUCAUGUGCGAAUAGUUUUCGUGAGCCUCGAGAGGUCAAAUCAUCACGAAAAUUAUACGCACACGAGAGAAACUUGCUGAGCUAGCUGUCGUGCGAAGUGGUUAGCUCAGCAAGUUGCUCUCGUAUGCGCCAGGCUUUAUGUAUAUAGGUUAUUUUGAGGCAACGAGGGAAUAUGUGCAUGAUUUAUUCACCCGAGGUGCCUCAAAAUAACGUACUUAUUUUUUCACAUUGCGAGGUCGAGUUAAUGAGUCAGAAUAGAAAUAAUUCUUAAUGCCAUAUUGCCUUCGUUAUGUUUUUUUUUUUCAUUUUUUGUGCUGCAAAGACAUUACACAGGUGAAUAUUUGAGGGGAUUAUUAGACGGAAAUUGAAUAGAGGGGAAUACUGAAUAUAUUCCCCAAUACUGAAGAAAGGAAACCGAGCAAGGUGAAAAAUAAGAGUUAACAUUCUAUUUUGUUCAGGUGCUGGCUGUCUAACAAAGACGACGGAUUUCUGUGGAUUUUCCAUGCACCAGUGAUCAUCAUAACAUCUGUAGGCAUUUCAAUGUUUUAUUUAAAUGUGAGGCACCAUCAGGCUUUUGAAGAAGAUUAAUUCAUUUAUUUAUUUUUAUAUUUAUCGACAGGUAACUCUUGUUGCCGUAAUUGCUGUGGUUCGUGUGUUGUGUGUCGCGUCGAAGUCGGAAGCAGCAGAUGCCAAGAAGAGAAUCAUGUAAGUUAUAUCAUUUUUGUAAAACAAUGAAAUUUUUAUAUUAUAUUUUGUCAAAAAGUUGUUUCAAAGCAGACAAGUCUUAAGGCUUUUAUUAUUAAUUCAUCGCUCAAAACGCCACCGUACACUUGGAGAACUUGCUUACGCCAGCAGUUACGAGUGACGCCCAGGUCAGCUGAUAGCUCCAGACUCCAGUGUGCGCCAGGCUUUAAACGAAAUACUACAGAUCGCAGACAGCUACAACCAAAAUAUUUGAAAUGAUUUUUGCAAUGAAGAAUGUAAAUUUCAUUAUAUCUUCUCUAGUUCUGCUGCCCGUGGUGUUGUUAUAUUAUUCCCUACUCUUGGAUUAUCUUGGGGAUUUAGUGUUAUCUCCGCCAAACAUGAUGCCGUGGUCUGGAAAUAUCUCUUCGCAAUUUUUACUUCGUUGCAGG